GAACAAUGUCCAUUCCUAUUUAUUUAUUUAUCUAUUUAUUUAUUUCGUUCACCCACUGGGAAGUGAGUGCCACCUGUAGCAGCCCGCCCCCUUCCUAUUUAUUUAUUUAUCUAUUUAUUUAUUUCGUUCACCCACUGGGAAGUGAGUGCCACCUGUAGCAGCCCGCCCCCUUCCUAUUUAUUUAUUUAUUUAUCUAUUUAUUUCGUUCAUCCACUGGGAAGUGAGUGCCACCUGUAGCAGCCCGCCCCCUUCCUAUUUAUUUAUUUAUCUAUUUAUUUAUUUCGUUCAUCCACUGGGAACUGAGUGCCACCUGUAGCAGCCCGCCCCCUUCCUAUUUAUUUAUUUAUCUAUUUAUUUAUUUCGUUCAUCCACUGGGAACUGAGUGCCACCUGUAGCAGCCCGCCCCCUUCCCACUCUCCAGGACCCUGGUGGCAUCACCGUCCCUCCUGGGUAGGUGGAGAACCUUAGGAAGGGUUGUGAGACCCUUGAGCGUCUCACCUCGUCUUGGGGGGCUCCACAGCCUGUAACCCCUGCUCUGGAGAUGCGGCCCCUUCACCCUUGGUCCCCCCUUCAGAUAAAAGGUGUGUAGAACUCUUUAAGCGUUGUGCGCCCGUCCUCCUCCCCCCACCCAGUUUCUGGUUCGGGGGCCUCGGGCAAGGUGCGUGCGCUGGGGACCUCAGUCUUCCCAUCUGCGACCCGAAACCGCAGUGUCUGGCCCUGGAGUGUUGUCGAGAGCACUGUGGGGUCUCAGGACGGGUGCUGCUGGCUCGCCCGGUGCCCACUCGGAUGCCCCCUCUGGGACGACGCUCGCCGCUGUCAGUCUCCACUGCCGGCGGAUCUGAACGAGCCGCGUCCACCCCUCCCGGGCCCUUGGCGUGUGCGCACGCAGGUUUGGAGGAUUUGCGCGGCUGCCGCGCGCUUCCCCCUGUGCAGCAAUGGCCGCGCUCCUGCUAAGGGAUGCCUUGGGGUCUGGGGUCGAGCCUGUGCUCAUCCUGGCGGUCUCCGUGUGGCUGGAGGCACUUCUUGCCCUUCGCCGACUUCGCUCAAGGAUCGCCACCACCCACCGCUUCUCCCAGUCCGCCUCAGCCUCUGAAUGUGAACCAUCAAAGUCAGGGGGAAAUGAUGCCUGUAGCACGAGGGAAAUCAAAAUCCAAGGCACCAGUGACUUUUGGGGACUUAGUCAUCUACUUCUCACAGGAGGAAUGGGAAUGGCUGAGUCCCAUUCAGAAGGAUUUGUACGAAGAGGUCAUGCUGGAGAACUAUCACACUCUGGUCUCGCUUGGUCUUGUCAGUCGGAGACCAAAUAUCAUCACCUUGUUGGAGAAAGGGAAAGCACCAUGGAUGGUGGAGCCAUCGAGACGGCGCCGGGGCCCUGAAUCAGGGUCUAAGCGUGAAACCAAGAAGUUACCAUCAAAUCAAUGUAACAAAUCUAGGCAAAGUGUCUGCCAGAAACCAGUGUCUUCACAACAAAAGGACACCACAGAGAAGACAAAACAAAACAAAAAUUCACUCACAAGCAAACCCAAGAAAGGACAUUCGGGCAAGAAAUCUUUAAAGUGUAAUGAUUGUGGAAAAAUGUUUUAUCGAAGUUUGUCUUUUAAGCUUCAUCAAGACUUCCAUGCUGGAGAGAGAUCUUAUGGAUGCAGUAAUUGUAGACAGGUUUUCAGACAGAUCUUAUCCCUCAUUCUUCAUCAGAGAGUUCACAAUCAGAAAAAAAGCUAUGAGUGUGAUAAAUGUGGGGAAAGUUUUAAUAGAAAGUUAACCCUUAUGAUACAUAGGAGAAUUCAUGAUGGAAAGGAAAAUUUUAACCAUGAGAAGGCCCCAGGUUCAAGCCCAUCUCUCAGUGUACACCAUAAUAAUCACAUUGUUGAGAGUGUCCACCAGUGCAGAAAAUGUGGGAAAGCCUUCAGCCGAAUGUCGUCCCUUUUACUUCAUAAGAGAAUUCACAACAGAAAGAAAAUGAAAAAGUAUAAUAAAUACAGGAGAGACUUAAAAAAGAAGACAGUCCUUGUAAAUACAAAAGAUUGUAUUGGAAAGAAAACUCACGAAAACAAGAAGGCCUUAAGUCAGAGUCUCAAGCAGAGAACUCACCACUUAGAAAAUCCUUUUACGUGUAGAAAAUGUGGGAAGUCCUUCAGUAGGAUCACAACCUUAAUGCUUCAUCAGAGAACUCAUGCUUCAGGGAACCCCUACCAAUGUGAUAAAUGUCAGAAAGACUUUAGACGGCUUUCAACCCUCAUUCUGCACCUAAGGACUCAUAACGGGGAGAAGCAGUUUAAGUGCAACAAAUGUGAGAAGGUCUGCAAUCGGCAUUCAUCCCUUAUCCAGCAUCAGAAAAUCCAUAAGAGGAAAAAGAAACUCAUUGAGUGCACCGAAUGUGGAAAGAGGUUUUGUGGAAUUAAAAACCUUAAAGUACAUCUGAACAUUCAUUCGGAAGAGAAGCCUUUCAAAUGCAAUAAGUGUAGUAAAGUUUUUGGCCGCCAGUCAUUUCUUAUUGAACAUCAGAGAAUUCACACUGGAGAAAAGCCCUACCAGUGCGAAGAAUGUGGGAAAGCAUUCAGUCACCGAAUCUCUCUCACCCGCCACAAGAGGAUUCACAGUGAAGACAGACCUUAUGAGUGUGACCAGUGUGGGAAAGCCUUCAGCCAGGGUGCUCAUCUUGCCCAGCAUGAGCGGAUUCACACUGGCGAGAAGCCCUAUGCAUGCAAAACAUGCAAGAAGUCCUUUACUCAGCGCAUAUCCCUCAUCCUACACGAACGAAGUCAUACGGGGGAGAAGCCCUACGAAUGUAACGAAUGUGGGAAGGCCUUCAGUAGUGGCUCGGACCUUAUACGGCACCAGAGAAGCCAUUCUUUAGAGAAACCGUAUGAAUGUAGCAAAUGUGGUAAGGCUUAUAGUCGGAGCUCAUCUCUGAUUCGACAUCAGAGCACACAUUCAGAGGAGAAAUCCUGAAGCUGUUGCUAUCUCUGCAAAGGCCAAAAAGUUCAUCAAAGAAGUGUUCUAGGGCAUGGAGAAUGUGUGUAAGUGUUCUUGACUUGUGAUGAUGUAUGUCCUGAUACACUCACCAUAAGCUGAAACAUUUAAAACAAAAAUGUUUCGUAUACCUACCCUACCAAAUGUGAUCAUUUAGCAUAACGUGGAGUCCCAGUCUUUCACUCUGCUCAUUGAAUGGCUUCCUGAGGGCUAUGGCCUGAUGCUGCUGCCCAGCAUCUGGAGAGUAAUCAUACUGCUUACUGCUUAUCUGCAGCCUAGGGCACGAUAACUAUUUCGAACCUAAUGGAUAUCACUCCUGUGCCAUCGUAACACUGAAAAAUCCUAAAUGAGAAAUCAUUAACUGGAGGGAGGGAACUAUCUGCCUAUAACAUGUCUUGUGUCUACGGGGCCAUUUUAUGAUGUCCUCCCUUUGAAAGCCAAAGAGCAAGAGUAGCUGGUGGACUUUGAACUGAAGAUCUGAAAUCGGCUGAGGCGUGCUCAGGAUACUGGGUGAUCGGGGUUUUUGAAUGAAGGUGUUUUCCGGUGGGUAUUUUAUUUCCAGGGUAGCUUUGGAGACAGUUCACUAGAUACCUACAGUGAGAUGCAAAGCCCUAGUCGAGGUCCAGGGAAACGGACCUCAGAACUAGAACGCCCCACAGGGAGACGGGGUGGUGCCGCUCUCCUGGUAGAAACGUGUUGGGGUGAGAACAAAGAAGAGGGAGUCUUUGGGUUGUUAGAUAGCGUUCACAGCGGUGCGGAGCACUGGUCAAUACCACACUGCCUCCACGAUGUGAAGAUACACUGAAAUUUGAUAGGACUAAGACAGGCUGGGGGUGGGAUGGGCAGGAGGUACCGAAGAGUGAGGAACCUCAGAGAAGGAAGAAGUGACUUUUUAACUUUUUUUUUUUGAAAAUAGUCUAUAUUUAUAUAAACAGCAUUUUCAUGUAAUAAUGCUAGUUGGCAUACAAAAAGUAACUGUGUCUGUGUUUUUACGGCCUGAAUAUUUGUGUCAUCCCAAAACUCUUAUGUUGAAGCCCUAAGCUCUCAGUGUGAUGAUAUUUGGAAAUGAGGUUAACGAAGUCAUGAUGCAGAUGGGCCUUUUUAAUACAUAUAUUGAUCAGAGACACCAGAGGGCUUGAACUCUUUCUGUACCGGAUGAGAACACAGGCUGCUUUCUGCAAACCAAGAAAGAGCCCUUACCCAUCCCUGACCAGUGUGAUACCCUGACCUUGGAUUUCCAGCUAUUGAAGGAACUAUGAGAACCUCAUUUCUCUUUAAGUCAAUUAGUCUGUGAUACUGUGUUGUAACAGCUCGAGCUGAUUAAUACCUGGAAGAACUCCUGGGUUAAUGGCUGGCUAUUUUCCUUUGAGCUGUCCAACAUGUUCAGUGUAUUUCUCUGUCCCUCUUUCCAACUUGUGUAAGUUAUAUAAGAAAUAAACUCUGAGUUCUUUUGUGUGA